UUCGAAAAACACCUCGAAGUCUUUCCCAUUACCGCUCCGCCCCCAGCUCUCUCCACCGCUCUGCCCUCCCCUCCUCGCCGACGAAACCCUACGCGUUCCCUAGCCCCCGGCGCCGCCGCCCUCGCGAUGUACUCCGACAGGUCCUCCGGACGGAAGCGCUCCGUCAUGGACCGCCUCGGAUCUGGCGGCGUCGGCGGUGGCUCUCGCUCGCGGCCCGACGACGCAAAAAGGUAUCGCCAGGCUGAUGGGACUUGGAGACGUGAGCUUUAUAAUGAUUCUGUGGGGACCCAAAGUUCAUCUGGGCGUGCUUCCAGAAAUCGUCAAUCAAACCAAAAAUCUAAUUUGCAUCCUAGCACUGAGGUUGUGAAGAAAUCACCAGUUCCAGAUCUUCGUGAAAAGUUGUCUGUGGUGCAGCACCCUCAACUGAGCAGUACUGUUCAGACCCCAAAGCCUGCACGAGAGAUUGCCAAGAGUGAUAAACCCGUUCAGAAGAGAGAGACCCCUGCCGCUGCUGCUGUUGCUGCCCCUCAUGUCACUAAGAAAGUCAGUGUACCAGCACCGUCUGCACCAAAGCAAUCCCAGGAAAAGGCUGAUUCCUCGCUUGACACUUUACUGAAGUCUCUUGAUCUAGAGAAGUAUUUGAUAAAUUUUCAGGCUGAAGAGGUUGAUAUGAAGGCUCUGGUUUACAUGAAUGAAGAAGAUAUGAAGGCUUUAGGAAUUCCAAUGGGCCCGCGGAAGAAGAUACUAUCAGUGUUAGCUCACAAGAAGAGGAAGUCUUCGAAAUGAUUGCCUACCAGUUGAGCGGCAUCUUUAGGCUUCUGUAGUAGCUAGACGACUUGUUGAUUUUGGAUAUAUGCAACUGCAUCAGCGGCUUGCAGAGUUAUUCCACUGACGUGCAAGAUUCCUAUCGAUCGAGAUUUGAGGCGAUGUAUAAAUACAUUGGAGAACUCCAUGAUGCUGGUGGUUUUCUGAGGCAACUAACAGCAUGUUGAUAGAUCUGUUCUGUUCUUCUCCGGAAUAUUUGGAUGUCAAUUUAUCAAACCUUGGGACUGUUCCCUUGUCCUGUAAACACCUGGUCUUCCUUGUUGCUUAUGCACGGUGAAGCUAGGGCGAUGACCACCAUCGAAUUAUUAGCACCAGCUAUUGGUUUUUAGGUUUUCAGCGUUGUACAUCCUCUUUAAAUCGUCAUCAACCCCUUUUAUGCUGA